AUGCCUAGUGACGAGCUGGCGGUCGGGCUGGCCGCGCCCAGCCUGGACAAGUGUCCCGCGCGGUACGACAACGAAAUCGAUGAGCUGGACGCGCACUGCCAGCAGCUGGCGCGGGACUUUUUGCGUGAAAAUCCCACGAUCCGGGAGCAAAGUCUGGUGCAAUUACGUGACUGGAUCGCGAAGCACCCGCACAUCAAGCGGUGCCGGACCGAUGCGCGCUUCCUGUUGCGCUUCCUGCGCACCAAGAAGUACUCGUUCAUUAACGCCUCCCAGAUGCUGGAGCGCUAUCUGGCGUGUCGCGUCGUCCAUCCGCACUGGUUCAAGGGGCUGGACAUCGAGGAUCGCGAGAUGUGCGAUCUGGUCGAGGCGGGCUUCCUGUAUCCGCUGCUGGAGAAGGACGCCCGAGGGCGGACCAUGAUUUUCGGUGACGCGGGCACACUCAAUCCGAAGCAAUACACCAUCGGGCACGGCUGCCGGAUGCAUAUGCUCGUUGGGGAGACACUCUACGACGAUGCCUCGGUCCAGUGCGCCGGAUUCGUGCUGGUAUACGAUCUGACCGGCAUCUCGAUGGGGCUGCUGGGGCUGGUGACGUUGAACGAUAUCCGCGAUCUGGCCACGUACCUCAACAACGCGGUUCCGAUGCGCAUCCAGGAGCUACACUUCGUCAACACACCCAGCCUGGCGCUGAAGAUCGCCAAUUACACGCUGGCAGUGAUAAAUGAAAAGUUGCGCAAUCGCAUUUCGUGUCACCGAAAUUGGGAGGAGCUGCAUAAGAAAAUCGACAAACGGCUGAUCCCGCAGGAGUACGGAGGGCUGAUCCCGAAGGCGGCGCACAUUGAGGCGUUCAAGCAACGGUGCCGGGUGUACCGCAAACCGAUGCUGGCGCUGGACGAGAUGGAUUACGAGGUUACGCGCGAUUCGGACUACUGGCAGAGGUCGUCCCUCGGGGAAAUCGAAUCGGGAGCGAUCGGUAGCUUCCGCAAGCUGCAGCUGGACUGAUUUGAUUGGCGGAGUGAACAGGAUUUCUUCUACCCCAGGUGGUGAAUGCGUGUAGUAAUCAGUAUGGUGUACUCUAGACUGUGAUUGUAAUUGUUUUAAAACCCGCUUCGCGCCUCAUACACUAUAAUAUUCCUAGACGAGUAAGUAAAGGCUCCGGCCGCUGGCCAAGGCGGAGCCUGUGUGCUUUGCUGGCUGCCUCGAAGGUUGAACACUUUUUGCAUCAUAUCAGCGUCGGAGCUAGGGUUGUUGUUGACACUGCUCGUAACGGCGAUAAUUAGCACCCUUGAAAACAAUGGACAAAACAGGAAUCAGUUAAAGCGAGACCGCGCGCGCGAGAGAGGCAGAAGAGUUGUAUCAAAAUCGUAACCAUCACGCGGCGCGUUGGCACACUCCCCAAAAACAAACAGACGCUUUGAAGGAGAUGUCGCACCCGGCUGCACCUGCGAGUGGACAACAUCCGAUAAUGGGACCACAAGGAUGAGCGUGCGCAAAGGUGUGAAGGACCACGUUGACCCGGGGAUUUUCUUUACUAACGCAACAUUUAAUUACUUCGAGGAAU